AUGGCUGGCUUCCCAACCCUCAAACCAGCGUUCACCGUGCGGGUCUCGGUUGAUGCUCCAUUCCCUGUUGGAAGCCAUCACCGCAAGACUUCUCUCGUUGUGGUGCCAAUGGUUGGCGGAACCGUCAUCUCGGAGCCCGGAUUUACCCCAGCCUUGAAUGCUAAAUUCGAAGGCACUGGCAACGACUAUAUUCGUAACGACCCUGAUGGAAAACGUAUGCGCCUGAAUGCGCACGGUGUGCUUAAAACACAUGAUGAUGCAUUGAUCUACCUUCACUAUCAGGGAACGGUGAACUUGACUGAGGGCGUUAUUAAAGCUCUGUCGGGUCAAGCUGGUGAUUCAGAGACGCCAUUUGGUGACAGCUUUACACAUUUUGACCUUGAGACUGGAGAUGAGAGAUAUAAAGACCUCGAAAACGGGGUAUUUGUUGGCCAGGGCCACUUCGUUACCAAGACAGGAGAAAAGACCAUUGUUGAAUACAAAGUCAGCCAGGUUCUUGCAGGCUAG